AUGUUUAAAAGUUUUGUUAGAUCUCCAAGUCCAAUUCGUGUACCUUUAUUAUACAAUAAUCGUAGAAUUUCAUCCAAUUCAACAAUAACUUCACUAUCAUCAAAUUUAUCAAAAACAACAAUUAAAACAACAAAUAACAAUAAGAUAAACAGUCGUUGUUUGCAUCAAAAUGUAAAAAAUAUUAAUACUACAUAUGCAAAUCGAAUUUACAAAAACACCACAUCAUCAAAUUCAAUCUUUAAUACUACACCAAUAGCCCUCUCUUCAUCGAAAAAUUUGAAUUCUUCAAUUCGUCAUCCUUUAUCCACAACCACAAAAAUUUCAUAUCAUUUUUACAGUACAACCGCAAUAAACAAUAAACAAUUAAAUGAAAAUAAAAGUGCUGCAAAAGAUGUUAGCGAAGAAAUUUUCACAUCAGUUCCUAAAGUUGAUGUUAAAAAAGUACUUGUAGUAGGAUCCGGAGGUCUAUCGAUUGGAUCACAGGCUAUUAAAGCUCUACGUGAAUCCAAUGUACAUACAGUUCUUGUAAACCCCAAUAUUGCCACAAUUCAAACAUCACAUGCUUUGGCAGAUACUGUCUAUUUCUUGCCUGUCACUGUUGAAUAUUUAACCUAUAUUAUUGAACGUGAAAGACCUGAUGGCAUAUUACUUACUUUUGGUGGCCAGACUGGUCUUAAUGUUGGUAUUAAGUUGGAACAAAUGGGUGUUUUGUCAAGAUUGGGUGUGAAAGUUUUGGGUACUCCAAUUCGUACCUUGGAAGUUAGUGAAGAUAGAGAUCUUUUUGCUAAAGCUUUGGGAGAAAUCGAUAUUCCUGUUGCACAAUCCACUGCAGUAAAUACUGUUGAUGAUGCACUUAAAGCAGCCGAAGAAAUCGGAUAUCCAAUCAUUGUUAGAUCUGCAUUUGCGCUUGGUGGUCUUGGUUCAGGUUUUGCUAAUACACCUGAGGAAUUACGUAGUUUGUCCACCAAAUCUUUAGCAUUGUCAAAACAAAUCCUUGUAGAGAAGUCCAUGAAGGGUUGGAAAGAAGUUGAAUAUGAGGUGGUUCGUGAUGCUGCAAAUAAUUGUAUUACUGUUUGUAAUAUGGAAAAUUUUGAUCCAUUGGGUAUUCAUACUGGUGACUCAAUUGUGGUUGCUCCAAGUCAAACUUUAAGUGAUCAAGAGUAUCAUAUGCUUCGUACUGCUGCAAUCAAAAUCAUUCGCCACUUGGGUGUUGUUGGUGAAUGUAAUGUACAAUAUGCCUUGAACCCUGAAAGUCUAGAAUACAAAGUUAUUGAAGUUAAUGCUCGUCUUAGCCGUAGUAGUGCACUUGCAUCAAAAGCCACUGGUUACCCACUUGCAUUUGUUGCUGCAAAAAUCGCCUUGGGUCACACACUUCCUGAACUCCGUAAUGCUGUUACCAAAACAACAACUGCCUGUUUUGAACCUUCUUUAGAUUAUAUUGUAACAAAAAUUCCAAGAUGGGAUUUAAGUAAAUUUCAACAUGUAAGACGUGAAAUUGGUAGUUCAAUGAAGAGCGUUGGUGAAGUAAUGGCUAUUGGUAGAACUUUUGAAGAAAGUUUACAAAAGGCUAUUCGUCAAGUUGAUCCAUCUUUCAAAGGUUUCCAAUCUAUUCCAUUUAAUGACCUUGACAGUUCAUUGACAAUACCCACAGAUCGUCGAUUAUUUGCUGUUGGUCAAGCAAUGAUUGAAAAAAAUUAUACAAUUGAUCAAAUUCACAAUCUUACCAAGAUUGAUAAAUGGUUUUUACACAAACUAGGCAAUAUUGUCAAUGUUCAACAUGAAUUAACACAUGCUGGAAAACUUGAAAAUAUUUCAAAAGAAUUGUUACAAGAAGCUAAAAAGAAAGGAUUUUCUGAUGCUCAGAUUGCCUCAUUUUUGGAAAAAAAUGUUACUGAAGAUCAAGUCAGAAAAGCUAGAAAAGAUGUUGGUAUUACACCAUUUAUUAAAAGAAUUGAUACUCUUGCUGCAGAAUUUCCAGCACAAACAAAUUAUUUGUACACCACAUAUAAUGCUUCAACUCAUGAUAUAGAUUUUAAUGAUCAUGGUACUAUGGUGUUGGGAUCUGGUGUAUAUCGUAUUGGAUCAUCUGUUGAAUUUGAUUGGUGUGGUGUAUCAGCAAUUCGUGCACUUCGUGACAUGGGUAAAAAGACUGUCAUGGUAAAUUACAACCCAGAGACUGUUUCAACCGAUUUUGAUGAGUGUGACAGACUUUAUUUUGAAGAACUUUCAUAUGAGAGAGUUAUGGAUAUUUAUGAACAAGAAAAUGCUGAAAAUAUAGUUGUAUCUGUUGGUGGUCAAUUACCACAAAAUAUUGCUUUGAGAUUACACCAAAAUAAAGUUAAUAUAAUGGGUACCAGUCCUGUUAUGAUUGAUAAAGCUGAAGAUAGAUACAAGUUCUCCCAGAUUUUGGAUCAAAUUGGUGUUGAUCAACCUGAAUGGAAGGAAUUGACUAGUGCUCAAGAAGCUGAAAAAUUUGCUGAUAAAGUUGGAUACCCAGUUCUUGUUCGUCCAUCAUAUGUACUUUCAGGUGCUGCCAUGAAUGUUUGUCAUAGUCAUGAAGCACUACACAAAAAUCUUUCUGAAGCUACAUCUGUUUCACCAUUACAUCCAGUAGUUAUUACCAAAUUUAUUUUGGGUGCCUCUGAAAUUGAUGUUGAUGCUGUAGCCUACAAAGGUAAUCUAUUGGUUCAUGCAGUAUCUGAACAUGUAGAAAAUGCGGGUGUACAUUCUGGUGAUGCAACCUUAGUUUUACCACCUCGUGACAUCAAUGAAGAAACAAUGGAAAAUUUAAAGGUGAUUGCACAGAAAGUUGCAAAAGCAUUUGAAAUUACAGGACCAUUUAAUAUGCAGAUCAUUAAGAAAGAUGAACCUGAUGGUGCAGUAGAAUUGAAGGUUAUUGAAUGUAAUCUUAGAGCAUCUAGAUCAUUCCCAUUUGUUUCUAAAGUUCUUGGUGUUAACUUUAUUGAUGUUGCAACUCGUGCUUUGUGUGAUGAAAAUGUACCUGAACCAGUUGAUCUUAUGAAAGAAAAGAGAGAUUACCAAGCUGUCAAAGUACCACAAUUCUCAUGGACUCGUUUACAAGGAGCUGAUCCAUUCCUUGGUGUGGAAAUGGCAUCAACAGGAGAAGUGGCAUGUUUUGGUAAAGAUAAAUAUGAAGCUUACUGGUCAGCCAUUCAAUCUACACAAAACUUCAGAAUACCAGAACUUGGAUCUGGCAUUUUAAUUGGUAGAGACGAACUUACAAAUGAUGAAGAUUUCUUUACUGUUGCAUAUACAUUAUCAAAGGAUUUAAACCAUCCACUGUACACAAGUUCACAACAAGUAACAGACUGGUUAAAUAAACGUGACAUACAUGCUAAAACAUUAUCUUUACCAGUUGAUGAUAAAAAAGAAUUACAAAAGGCUUUCAAAGAUAAUAAAAUAGAUUUUGUAUUUAAUUUGGCACAACUUAGAGCACCAACUAUUAAUGAUGAGAAUUACAUUGAAAGAAGAUCAGCUGUAGAUUUUGGUAUACCAUUGGUUAAUGAUAGCAAAUGUGCCAAAUUAUUUGUAGAAGCUCUCAAGAGAAAAAGAAUUGAAUUUAGUGAACUGGCUGAUGGUAAAAUACCAAAUGAAGUUAAAAGUUGGUCAGAUUUUAUUGGAGGAAGAUAUUGUUAA